AUGUUAAGAUCAACUAUAAUUUCCAAGAAAAAUAAUUAUAAUUGUUUAAAAACAAUUAUAGGUUGUAAGCAAUCAGUUGCUACGUUUCCUCAAACUAGUAGUAGCAGCAUCAAUACAAAUAGUUGUAUUAAUAGUAACUUGAAUUAUAGUGGAAUUAAAUCGAUUAAAACAGUUAAUAAUAGUCAAUCCAAUAGCUUAAAUAGUUAUUAUUUCAAUAGUUUAAUGAUAUCAAUUAAUCAAUCUAGAUCUUUAAGAUUAUAUUCGACAUCUUCAUCAUCAACAUCUUCUUAUGUAAAUAAUAAUAAUAAUAAUAAUAAUGAAAUGGAAUUAAAUGAAAAUAGAGAUGGAACAACAUCAACAUAUGGAUUUUCAUCAUCAUCUUCAGAUGUUCCACAUGAACCUACACCUUUUUUAUAUGAAGAUGUCAAACAUCAACAAUCUGGAUUGGAUCGAAAAUUCAGGUUGUCAAACAACUUUGUGGAGACCUACAGGAAACGAGAGGCACCCUUUGGAUUUGGUGUACUUGGUGAGCUGGUCUACAGAAGAACCUACUCACGUUUGAAACCGGAUGGCACCAAUGAGCAGUGGUUCGAGACGGUGGAGCGUGUCGUCAAUGGAACGUUCAAUAUGCAACGCGACUGGAUUGAAAAGCACGGUCUCAUUUGGAAUGCUUCGACUGCACAGCACUCGGCACAGCAGAUGUACGAACGAAUCUUCUCCAUGAAGUUCUUGCCGCCCGGUCGUGGACUCUGGGCGAUGGGUUCGCCACUCACCGAGGAAAAGGGACUGUAUGCCGCUCUCAAUAACUGUGCUUUCGUCUCGACGGAGCACAUGAAGCGUUUUCCAGCGAAGCCUUUCAUCUUCCUGAUGGAUGCAUCGAUGUUGGGUGUCGGUGUAGGAUUCGACACAAAGGGUGCGGGUACCAUGAUUGUAAAGGGGCCAAAGGAUAGAUUGUCGUCUUCUUCGAAACCACAGAUAUUCGUCAUACCGGAUUGUCGUGAGGGUUGGGUAGAGUCGGUGCGAUUGUUACUAGAUACCUAUUUCCUUGGAAAGUCGAGAGUGGAGUUUGACUACUCUCAGAUCAGACCGUCGGGAACACCGAUCAAGGGAUUCGGAGGACACAGUUCCGGACCGGAUUCCUUAAAGUUGUUGCAUCGCUCGCUCUCAGAGACACUCGACAAGGAAGUUGGAAAGUAUAUCAGUGUCACGACCAUCGUCGAUCUUAUGAAUCAUAUUGGAAAGUGUGUUGUGUCUGCCAACACAAGACAGACUGCUGAGAUUGCUUUCGGUGAUCCUCACUCCACCGAGUAUAUCAAUCUUAAGAAUUACAAGGUGAAUCCACAUCGUGCUGACUUUGGUUGGACCAGUAACAACUCGGUGUUCGCACAGCUUGGAAUGGACUACCAAGCGAUCUCCGAGCGAAUCAUCGAUAAUGGUGAGCCUGGAUUUGCAUGGCUUCAGAAUAUGCAGCGAUUCAGUAGAAUGGACGCUGUCGAGGGUGACAACAAAGACAGUAGAGCUGUUGGUGGUAAUCCUUGUUUGGAACAGACACUCGAGUCGUUCGAAGUGUGUUGUCUGGUGGAGACAUUCCCAAACAACCACGACAGUCUGCAAGACUAUCUUGAGACACUAAAGUAUGCUUUCCUCUAUGCCAAGACUGUAACUCUUGGCAAAACUCAGUGGCCAGAUACCAACAGGGUGUUGCUUCGUAAUCGUAGAAUCGGUUGUUCCAUGAGUGGAAUUGCACAGUUUAUUACAUCGAAAGGUUUGGACCAGUUGAAGCACUGGUCGACCGAGGGUUACAAAGCGAUCCAGCAAUAUGAUAACCACUACUCUGAAUGGCUGGCCAUUCCAAAGUCCAUUAAAACCACAUCCAUCAAGCCGAGUGGCACCGUUUCCCUGUUGGCUGGUGCCACACCAGGAAUGCAUUAUCCCAUCAGUGAGUAUUAUAUCCGUCGUGUACGAUUGCAACGUGAUUCGCCACUGUUGAAACCAUUGAUAGAGGCAGGCUAUCACGUAGAGCCAGCAGUAGAGAAUAAAUACAACAUGGUCGUUGAGAUUCCUAUCCACUCUGGUCAAGGAAUUAGAAAGGCCAAGUCGUUGACCAUGUGGGAGCAACUCUCACUCGCUGCAUUCCUUCAGAAAUACUGGGCAGACAACCAAGUCAGCUGCACAGUUAGUUUCAACCCAGCCACCGAAGGAUCUCAACUUCCCUACGCACUAGACUACUUCCAGUACCAAUUGAAAGGUGUCAGCUUCCUACCGGUGGCCGAAGGAAGCGAACAAACCUACGCUCAAAUGCCAUACGAGGAAAUCGAUGCAGAUACCUACCAAAAAAUGAUAAAAAAUCUCAAACCUGUUAGUUUCAACGCCGAAGACAUCGUUCCAACUGAACCUUCACCCGACAAAUUCUGUGACUCUUCAUCAUGCCAAGUUUUAUCGCCAGCUCCACCAAGCCCAGAGAAUUUAUCAUAA